AUGCCUUUGACGGAUGAAGUAACAUUAGAUAUCCAGUACUCAGACAAACCAAUACUGAAUGCUGAUUAUCUUGCACACCAAGAAGUUAUCGAAAAUACUUCGUUAGAAGUUUGUUGUCAAGGACACAGCAACCCACCUAUAUCUUAUCUAUAUUGGAUUAGGAAUGUUACACUUGUAGUUUUCAAUGAUACUGAAUCAUGUUUGACAUUCAAGCUGAUUCACCGUACCAACACAGGAAGAUACACAUGUUUUGCUUCAAAUUCAAUAGGAAUAUCAAAUAAGUCCAUAGAAAUAAAUGUCCUGUAUCCUCCAUCAGUCAUCGUAUCGCAACAAUUUUCCCGGACAAAUAUAAUUCUGCACUGUAAUCCAGAGGGUAAUCCAAAACGUUAUACCUUUGAAAAAUGGUAUCAUCGAUCGGAAUACAAUGAAACAAUUCGAAAACUUAAAGGAACCCCAGAAGGAAAUCUCAUUAUAGGUGCACCAAACAAAACCCGACCUCAUGAAAAUGACGGCUUUUAUAUAUGUAGAGUGUCAAAUGGUAUAGCAGAUAAAUAUAAAAAUGUAUACCAAGAAGGAGCAGUUUUAAUUCAAUCUACAGUACCGCCAAUAUUCAUUUCAAACAACGUAAGGGUACAGUAUGGACAAUAUGACCGUGAACUGAACAUAACAGUCUUGCUGUUCAAUAGACAUGGGAAUAUACUACUGAACAUAUCAAAUCAUAACCAGUAUUUACAACCAAGGAUUACAAAGGAAAAAAUUGAUACUCAAGAUGUUUUGCAUGGCGUCAAUGUAACAGUAUCAGCAGUAAAAGUUGUUUUUUACAUGGGUUUGGCGACAAGGGAGCACUUUGGAUAUUAUACAAUAAAGGCUUGCGACAAUAUAGGUUGUAGUUCAUAUAUUGUUCACAUAAGACCGGGGGGUAAGUCUUUCUUGGCUUAG